CCAGAUCACAACGUAGCACGGGAACUUAAGAUUCAAGGGAGAAUAAAAAACCGAUGGAGCCAAGAAAUCUCAGCUUCUUUUAACAGUACCUAUAGCAUGCCAAGGGCUGUGCAGUUUUCUGUAUACCCUAUCUCAACACAUGAGGUUGGCUCUAUUGGCCAGGAACUGAAGUAAUGUGUGCAAGGUAGGUUUUCAGUGAAAGGAGAAGCAUUACGGUCACUCUGAUACCGAAAUUGCACAAUUUCCACAGACUCUGUCCUGGAAGGCGGAGGAUAGGUUGUUAACAAGUACCCCCGCGCUCGCCGAAAACCCACUCCUCACUCAGCGGCCCACCACUUCCCUCGGCUGAACUCCCGCAGCAGGAAGUUACUACUGCAGACAACCUCUGUGCUGGAAGCCCAAUCAGCGCCCGCGACCCGGCGCCUGCCUGACCCGAGUCACGUGUCAGCCAAAGAUGGCUGCGUUCAGGCUAGAUGAGCAAAGGUUGGCGUGAACCCCAGCGUGCCGAGGAGGGUUGUGACCAGAGCAUAAGGCUCAAGAUGAAAAAUCAUGAACCAGAUGAUACUGUCAAGGAAGACUUAAUUUUCAAUAUCAUAACCAGAAAAAUUAACCACCUCCCAGAAGCAGAAAGGAAUCUAUUUGAACAUGGAUCAGUUUAUAUCGGACUUAAUGCUGCUCUCUGUGGUCUAAUAGCAAAUAGUCUUUUUCGACGCAUCUUAAACGUGACACAGGCUCGUAUAGCUGCUGGCUUACCAAUGGCAGUGAUCCCAUUUUUGACUGCGCAUGCAUCUUACAAAGGUUUUGUAAAUCUACCUUUGAAUACAGGUGAUUUGAAUUGUGAAACCUGUACCAUAACACGGGGUGGACUGGUUGGUCUUGUUUUUGGUGGUCUGUACCCUGUUUUCUUGGCUAUACCUGUGAAUGGUGGCCUAGCAGCCAGGUAUGAGUCAGCCCUGCUACCAGAAAAAGGAAACAUCUUAACUUACUGGACUAGAAUUUCUAAGCCUGUCUUUAGAAAGAUGUUAUUUCCCAUUUUGCUCCAGACCAUGUUUGCAGCAUACCUUGGAUCUAGACAAUAUAAAUUAGUUAUAAAGGCUCUUCAGUUACCUGAACCUGGCCUAGAAAUUCAGUGAUUGUUAAACAACUUUGUACACAAAAAUAAAACUGUAACGUAUGAAUAAA